ACUUAAACACAAAACGCCGUGCUUUGUUGAUUCGGCGACUUUCUUCGGUAAUUUUUGUGAAUUUAAGUUUUAUACGAAAUCAAUUCGUCAUGGGUCACCGCGAAGGAAAUCGUCGAGGAAAUAACAAUUUCUGGAACAAUAAAAGUGGCGGAGGACACCGUCAGGGCGGUGGCGGUUCUGGUGCCGGGAAGCGAAACAAUGCUGCAUCGGCCGAUAGUCCGCUGGCGCAAUGUUUCCUGGAGUAUGCCAGCGAACUGGACGACAAGCACGAUCGUUACGAAAGGAUCCUAAAGUGCUCCCGGGACAUCACUAUCGAGAGCAAGCGGAUCAUCUUCCUACUGCACACGGUAGAUGCCAAGAAAGACAACAAGGAACGCGUUUGCGUGGAGGCUUUCCGCAGACUGAAGAGCCUUUGUGAUAACAAUUUUCUAAUCAUCGCCAAGGAACUCGACGGUCGCGAUCCUUAUCAAUAUAGCAGAGCGUACACUGCGGGAUUACAGGAGUUUAUUGAAGCUUACACGUUCUACGAGUACGUGUUUUCGAAAACAUUUUCCCACUGGAAAUCCAUUCAAAAAGAAUUAUGCUUCAAAGUCCGUUCCAAUGAGGAAAACAGCGACGCAGUUGAAAGCGAUCUCAGUGAUGAGAAAGAGUUAGCGUGUUUAUUAUCUCCAUUGGAUUAUAUACUAGGAAUUGGAGAUUUGACCGGAGAAGUUAUGCGAAAAAGUAUCAAUUCACUCGGUUCCGGUGAUAUUAACAGUUGCUUCGAGCACUGUAGAUUCCUCCAGAUGCUGUACAAGGGAUUCGUAUCGUUGAGUAAUGUUCGUAGCCGAGAUUUUUCGCAGAAACUGCACACACUGCAACAAAGUAUGCUCAAAAUUGAAGCUGUUUGUUAUAACGUGAAAGUUAGAGGCGGAGAAGCAACCAAACUGGGAAUCACGGACAGCGCCAGCUUCGGAGCUAUACUGAAGAACAAUGUCGAAGAUGACGAGGGAGUUUUCUUUUAAAAAAUAAUCGCUGAGACCAAGAAAUUUUUCACAUUUAAACAUACAAUACCUUAUUAUUCACAUAUGAAGGAUUCAAUAAAGAUAUAAAUAACUGACAUAGAAAAUGUGCAGUUAUCUUC